GAGGGGUGCGGGGCGUCCCCGUCCCCGCUGAGCCCCGCAUGCCGCCCCGGGCCUGGCUGCGGCUGCUCGCGCGCGCCCGGCUCCCGGCUCCGUCUCCGGCGCGGCCCCGCGGGCCCGGACUGCGCGCCCGGCUGCUGACCACGGCCGCGCUGGGCGCCGCGCUGGGCGCCGGCUGGCUCGGGCUGCGCGCCGAGAAGGAGCGGCGGCGGCAGCGGGAGCGCGCGGAGGCGCUGCGCCGGGCGGCCGUGGGCCGCGGGGACUUCAGCCUGCGGGACCAGCACGGGCGGCCGCGGCGCAAGGCCGACUUCCGCGGCCAGUGGGUGCUGCUCUACUUCGGCUUCACGCACUGCCCGGACAUCUGCCCCGACGAGCUGCAGAAGCUGGCGCAGGUGGUGCGGCGGCUGGAGGCCGAGCCGGGCCUGCCGGCCGUGCAGCCCAUCUUCGUGACCCUGGACCCCGAGCGCGACGACGUCCCGGCCAUGGCCCGCUACGUCCGCGACUUCCACCCGCGGCUGCUGGGGCUCACGGGCUCGGCCGAGCAGGUGGCGGAGGUGAGCCGCAGCUACCGCGUCUACUACAGCGCCGGGCCCCCGGACGUCGACGGGGACUACAUCGUGGACCACUCCAUCGCCAUCUACCUGCUGGACCCCGACGGCCUCUUCACCGACUACUAUGGCCGCGGCAAGUCAGCCGAGCAGAUCGCGGCCAGCGUCCGGCGCCACAUGGCCACCUUCCGCAGCGUCCUGUCCUGAGGGGCCAUUAAACAGAGUGGACUAAC